GUCGCUUGUUAAUUAGCCACCCUGAAAAUGUGGCGGCAAAACUCUUUCCCGGUAGCGGCAAGAGACUCUCUGAAGUUCUUCGCACGUUCUAUUUCAUUUUUCUGUUUUAGCGAGUACUAUUAUUCCUUUCGAUAAUUGCUCUUUUUUUUCAGGGAAAACCGGAUUCUGAUCAUAGCAUUUCUGACGAGGAAGAUUUUGACGGAGAUUUGAGAGAAAAUUGUGUUUCUUUGACUGGGAAUACACUGAAAGAGGAAGGAUGGGAACUUCAGUCACGACUGGAUAUCCUUCGAGAAGCAAACAAGUUUCAAAAUCGACGAUGAGCUCGAGAUGCCUGAUUUCCCUAAUGAGGGUACUUUCUUUUUCUCCCCUAGAAAAGGAUCUGCACAUAACUCUAAAGAUGAAGUCGAUUGUGAUGACGAGGAUAAAUAUGCAUCGUUGGAAUAUUCAAUUAUGUCUAGUGACACAAAGUCUGAUAAAGGUAAUAAUCUUCGAGGUUUUGGAAGGGAGAAGCAAGCUGAAGCAUGCACACGGUCCCUGGUGAAUAAAGAGGCUGAGACACUAAUCAAUUUGAAUGAGAACGCACUCUCUUCCCAUUCUGCUUAUUCUAAAGGAAACAAAUCUCAUAAAGGUAUCAGAGGCAAAGCCAAGCCAAAAUUUGCUUUCCAUUUUCAGUCACACAAAGAUGGACUUUAUCAACCUUUUAUUUCUAAAGAUAAAAAUCCUAUCACAUUCAAGGUUGAUGAUGGGCCUGAAAGAUCGGAAACAAUUGAGAAUAAAAAUCUUGAAAAUUUAAGUCCUGUGUUUCAUGAGGAAUUUUUUGGAGAGAAUGUGAACCUGUCAGAGAUUGAGCCUGUGGAAGCUGAAGCUCUUGGCAAUGGCUUUGUUGACCAUUCAAUGGCUGAAAUUUUAGAUGGCCUUCAGGAUAAGAAUAUUCAGCCAAGGGGAAAUUCUAAAUGGUAUAGCAGAACAAAAUCAAGAAGGGGACAGAUAGUCAUGAAGAGAAGUAUGUCUUUAUUGGGAGAUAGAAUCAUUGAUGAUGAAGACCAACCUGAGCUGAUGGCUAGUGGAUCAUCUAGUGAUGACGAGACCAAUCAUCAGAACAUAAACCUUGCUGACCUGGAGAUGAAGAAGCGAACUAUUGCUGAUCGCUUUCAGGAAGCUUUAGCUGCUACCUCUGUGAGUGAUGAAGGGGUCAUUUCCGCAGCAGCUAAACCAUCAGGUAUUGGUUUGUUUGGGAAGUUGCAGCAGGUCAUGCAGACUGAAAAGGAAAGAGAUUCUGAGUUUCUGAAAAAGCUACAGAUGGGAGCAAGCCCAAAUAGUGAACCAUGCUCCAUAUUUGCAAAGAUCCUGUCCAGAUGCUUUGAUGCAAAGCUGAUAGUUUGUCAUUGCACUUUUGGUGAGAAUAUAAAGGAUUCCCAGUCACCAGAGAGCUCCAAAACAUUUGUUGAUAGAGGAAGGAUUAGGACGGUUAUUUUUAGUCCAAGAGUUUGCAGCAAUGUUGACCUUGAUUUAGGGAACUUGAUUUGUAUUUACCCUCCCUGGUAUGUACAUAUCUUUUACAGAGACAACAACUCUGAUUUAUUUCAUUUGCUGAAUCUUAGCCGCUCAGAGAAUGAACUAAAUUUCCCUUACAUAGAAUCUGUUGGAAACUCUACUGCAUAAGUGCUCUAGAUGGAGAUUGCAAUAGCAAUUGAAUUGAUGUGAUUUUUAUGCAUUUUGGGUGUAUGUGCUGUUUAAUCGACAUGGUUUGUCUCCCUUUUAAUCUUUUCUUUUCCUUUGUUUCUUAUUUUAAUAAAUAUUCAUUCCAUUUUCAAUCAAUGAUUUUGAUGGUUGAACUGUUGUGGACAGGAAGGAGGUUCAAGUAAUUGGGAGUGAUGAAUUUGUUAUUUUAACAACAUAUUUCUCCCACGUUUCAGCGUGAUCUGUUCAGGCUCAGGGAGCAGGAGAUGAGUAUCUGUAUUAUUCUCGUGGUAGAAUAACCUGUUUGGUUGCACUUUUGUAUGCAUUCAUGCUCUCCAUCCAACUGACUAGGAGGAGGAAUACAUAUGGUGUUAACCCAAUUUUUUAUCCUCAAUUUUGUUCCUUUAAUUGAUGCAUAAGAUACCUGUGCAAGUUGGCUCUUGAUGUUUAGAAAUCUAUUCAGAUAAAUACCCUUCCCAAA